UGUUCGUGAGUAACAUCGAAACACCGUCGUGUCGUCAGUUCGCCAUCAUUACACUGUGGCCGAGUUGGAGAAGACUGAUCAUACGGGAAAAUAAAGGCUCUCGGAAAUACAACAGGCGAUUGUAGUGUGAAAAGUACAAUCUAAUCACGAAUUUUGCAUACGUGAAAGGAAACUUAUUCGUAGAAUACCCUUUUGCCUGUCCGGUGAGCACUGCCCAGUUUGGUUUCCUUUGUGUUCUAACCUCAUAAAUCGCAAAAACAAAAAAAAAGUUAUCUUGAAUCGAUUUUGCGGUGUGCGUGUGGUGUGUAACCGAGUGCGAGAAAGAAAGGCGAAAAGGGUUUCAUUGCAGAGAGAAGUGAAAAGUUUUUUCCUCGGUCGAAUCGAAUGAAUGGAAGAAAAUAAUGCGUAAAGGCGGACAAAUCCCAAGAUUGUGGUGAUAUGUUCGCUGCGUUUCCUUAAUACGUAGUGCGUGAGUGAGCAUUUUCAUUAGUGGAACAUUCUGUGAUUGCAAAUCUCCUGAAAAAUUUGCUAUACAUAUUGCAAGCUCUCAGCAUUUUCUAUUCCUAGCCGUAAUCAUUCAGGAGAAAAUUUGGUUGAGCCUCCGCAGCCUUUGUGCCUGCUGCUGUGUUAAAUUUUUGACAACGGAGUUUUCGUAAGCUUAAAAUUUAGACAAGUCGCCUUUAAAGUUGCAAUUUAGUGUGUUUGCCUGUUCCCGAUAGUAGCUGGGAGUAAUAAGUCACUGAUCGCGAAGAACCGUGAAGGGGACCCUGAGUGUCGACAGAAAACCUACUGCGGAGAAAGUCCAGAAUCGACCCCUUGCUAUUGUAGCAGCUCUUCGCCCAGUGGAGGACAAGAAUUCGAUUUUGUUGGCGGAAUUUGUUUUCCAUUCUGUUAGUGCUAUCUGUGAUCCUUUAAAGUGCUGUGUUAUCACCAUCAACGUGUUAUAUUGAAAGAAAUUAAAAUUUAAACUAGUUAUAUCAUCAGCGCAAGUGUGUGAAAUAGUGUGCAGUGUAAGAAAAGGUGUGCGCGAUUGAGGCAGAAGAAGCUAGUAAUAAUCUUGGCGAAAGGCCACAUCCCAACUUCUGACGGAGGCAGCCAGUGCAGAAGAAGAACAUCUGGACAAUCAUCAGUCGGAGCAACUAGUUGACAGAGCCGGCUUACGAGAGAAACACCGUCAUCAUGUUUUGGGACAGUGCAAACUCGUUGUCCAAUAUAGACAGUCUGCUAACUAAGGAGGGUCUCACACUCAAAGAUGUGCUUGAAUACGAAGACGUACUGCAGGAAUGCAAAUCGCAAAACACAAAACUACUUCAAUACUUAAACCGUACAGAGGUGUUUGACGAACUGAUAGACCUGAUCAUCCAGGAACCGCCGACAGAUCUCGAGGACAACAUUCGCUUUUUGCAUUCCAACAUGGCGUGCGAGAUACUUACUAGUGACGUGCCGUCCUUCAAGACCCAUUUGGUUGAAAAUCAGAACUUUAUGAACAAACUCUAUAGCUUUCUACUCCGGGACCCGCCGCUCAAUCCGCUGCUGACGUCGUUCUUCUGCAAAACGUUCGGGAUGCUCAUAUCAAAACGUAACGAACAAGAUUAUUUCUCUUAUAAGUCAGUGUGCCUACAAGUAUUAGAGUUUAUCAAGUCUAGAAAAGGUUUCCUCAACACGAUGCUGAAGCACUUUGGCAACCAGGUCAUCACCGAUCUGCUGCUGUGUUACAUCACCGAUAUCGAAGACGCCGAGCUCAAAUCGGAACUGUUGGAGUGGCUUAACGAGCAAAAUUUGAUUGCUGAAAUCAUCAACCUGUUAAAGUUACCAGGCGAAACGCAGAAACACUACAACGUCGCACAAUUUUUAAUCGAAUUAAUCAAGAUAGGAAGAUGCAAACGACAAAACGAGAGACAAGACAAAGGCAACUACAAACUCCAGUCCACCUUCAAGCGGAUAGACAAUUUCAAGUCCAAGAUCCUUCCGACUGAGCUGAAGAACGUCAACUUAUUCAAAUUCAACCUCAGCGAGACAGUUCCGACGUUUCUUGGCAAGAUCUCUUCUCACUUUCAAGUGACAUCCGAUCCUAUCCUGGAUACACUCGAGGGCCAGUCCAUCACCCAAAUGCUGCUGGACAUCAUACUUAAGGAAAACAUGGAAGAAAGCGCCAUCGUUGCUGGAAUCCGGAUCAUAUUACGAUUGCUGGAGAAUACGAUCAUACAAGAGCCGGUCUCCGAUACUGCUCUCCAGAUGGUAAUCGACGCUGAGAAGGAACAUCAUGACACCGUUGUGCUACGCUUAGUCAAUGUCAUAUACCCAAGAAUACCUGAGUUAAUUCACAUUUUAAAAAAUCCGCCUCAGAAACCCGACAUUAUUACCACAGUUGGCGUACUUUCACCACCUCUAGGAAACGUGAGACUUCAGAUUUGUAAUUUAUUUACAGUAUUAAUAGAAACCGAGAACAGUGAUGUUAUCAGGACAAUAUGCGGAACAGAUUUUUAUAUUACAUUGCUCAAACUUUUUAAGCAAUAUUGUUGGAACAAUUUUUUGCAUAGUCAGGUCAAGGUGUGCGUAAACUACGCCGUACAUGCGUUCGAUCAGAAGGAGGGCGACACAACGCUGUAUGUCUCGGAUUUGCAGCGACAUAUUAUCAGCGAUUGCAAACUUCCCGUUCUGCUGAUAGACCUGUGGGAUUACAACGAGAUGCAAAAUCCGACACAAAUCGCAGGGGGAAGGUACAAGUUCCGCCGACUCGGUUACAUGGGUCACUUGAUCGAAAUGUUCGUGAUGCUCAUUUCAAGCAUGCAAUCGGAUAAGUUUCGUGUCUUAACCAAAUUAUCCUUCGUGGGAGCUACUAAAGACAGCUUUUCUAGCUUCUGGGGUUUGAUCAAGAAAAAUGGCGAACUGGGCUCGAUAGUUAGAAUGCAGAAACGGUUUUUGGCUGACACUGAUCCAUAUCAAAUGAAAGACUAUACAUCGGACAUUACAAUGUUCUCUAAGGAAGUGGAGCCUGACUCUCAUUCCGAUCUGUCGUUCGCUCUCGACUUGGAACUAAAGAACCAAAUACAGAAGAUUAUGUCAUCCUUCCCCGUGGAUUUUGACCCGGGUAGCAGCACUAGUAAACAACCGUUCGAGAAGGAACUUAGCGGUACGAUGGAUUCCGCCAUCUACAAAGACAUCUGGCCUUUGGCCGAGGAUGUCAGCUCGACGGAGUCACCCGACCCGUGGGGUACGGGUGAUGAAGCUAAUAUUAUUGAACCGCGCUCAGAUGGAAUAACCGAUGCAUGGGCCGAUUUUGGCUCCGAUGGGUUUGCCGAUUUCGAUUCACACUUUUCGCAAAUUCAAUCCGAGAGUGGAUUCGAUGGUGAAGCAUUCUUUGAUAAUAACGAAAAUAUUGCCUUCGGUUGCUUUACGGAUAGAAGCGACGAUCUGUGUGCAGAGCUAACUGCUACGGAACACGUGCAAGCUUUCAGUGAUACGAAACCCUCCCUACCAUCAGAUGAGGCAGUCAUCAACUCAAACUUUUUAGUUAAUGAUAUUGCCGCGUUAGAUGCAGCACCAGAAAGCGUAGCCUUGGUCGAAGCAAACAGUAGCGUUAGUAAUGAAGUCGACGAUGAUGAGAAUAGUAAUGUAGCAAACGAUGUGCCAUUAUCCGUAUCCGUAACGGAAGAGACUAGUAAUAGUUGUCAGCAACAAUUUCCAAUGACAGAAAAUAAUGGAACUGAGUUGGAUCACAGUAGGUGUACUACCAGCAGCUCAACGGAUGAUCCCGUAACAGUGACACCGCAGCCUUCGCAAUCAGAUGCCUCAACGAACGAAUCUGUCGAUCUCGUUACCUCAAAUGGACCGAUAAGCGUUGGUGAUAAUUUUCAGAACGAAGAUGCUACAAAGACUGCGGAAUCGGAUAGCACCCUUUCCGAAAUCCUAACUACUAGCCUAGCCCAAAUCUGCUUGGAAAGCAAUAGUGACGUAUCGGCAGUAGAAACGUCCACAGCCGCAACAUCAACCAAGACUUCUGACCUCGUAAUAGCAGCGGAAACCAACGAUAGCAGUAACUGUAGGAGUGAUAGCACCACCACCACCAGCAGCAGCACAGAGAUCCUAACCUCGUCAAUUGAUCCAUCGAAGCUCCCGGCCGAAGUGUUCCACCAGCAGCAGCCCCAACCACCACCAACUGUGCCAUUAGAGAAUGGAUCAGUUUAAAUUAUUAGCAAAAAUAGAACCAAGUGUAAUCGGCCUAGAGUGAGGCAGAUUGCGAAAUUGCGGACAAAACCACAAACACACACACAUGACAAUGAGAGGCUUUAGAAGCGAUACUCAUUGAGCGAAUGAAAACAGGAUGAAUUUUUGACGAACAGUGAACUGAUCAGUGGGUUUGGUUGAUAUACUAUUUAGGAAAAGGCGCUUACUCGCAGUGAAUGCAAAUCUUAAGGCAAAAAGAAUAUUUUAUCGCACGUAUAUUUCUACCAUAUUUGUGAGACAUUUGUUCUUACACAUACCUAUAUACACACAUUCUCAUUGAAACUUGGUCCAACUCCUUUCCGUUAAUUUACGAAAACCAACUGCUGUGGCAAAGUUGGUAAGCGCAGCUCUUGUUUUACUUGGUGCUGAGGUUUUAGAACGUUCUUGUGGCAACCUUUGUCUUUCCUUAGCUUUGGAAGCAAACCAAAAAUUGAAAUAUUUUUAUAAAACUUUAUUAUAUUAUCUGUGCCUGCUUUGUACCUAACAGUAAAAGAAAGUCAAAAUAUCUUGCUUCAAUCCGGCAUUGGGAGCGAACGGACAUAAUUGGUUUUUGUCGUUAAUUUUCGCAGCUGGGUUCAUUUAAAAUUGUUCCCACGAAAACAUGGCUGGUAUCCGUACAACACCUCAGACUCAGAUAAUGAUUUUGCAAAUCCAUUAAGAUACAAUACUACAGAUGACUCGAAAGUAUAAUUAAAAUGGGUUCAAAAUUGUUCUAUCACACGCAUGUUCCAUUAAACUGCACGCACAUUGAGUAAUCAGCUCUAGUUUGGACAAAAAGGACAACUUCUAAUCCGUGAAAUACCUACCUUUUACCUGGUUUUGAAUCGAUUCCUUCGAACAACACUAACUGGUAUUCUCGGUUCCGAAACCACACUGGUUGCGUUUAAUGCCAUUCUAAUCAAAUCGUAAGCGUAUAAAUGAUCGCCAAACAUGUCUAAUCGAUUCGAUAGUAUCACCAAGAUUUGAGCGAACUGGUUUUGCGAUACCAGCCUUGGUAACACCACAACCGCCAGUUUAACCCUCCGGAAGUCGCGUACUGCAGUGCUCAUCGUGAAGAAAUCCUUUCUUAGAGCUUCAGAUGGUCACCUAAACGUAAUUUGCGAUGCGACUGCCGGAAGGUAAUACGACAAACAGAAUCUGUUCGAGCUAAGUCCGAAGCCCACACCGACCGUUAGAAAAUGUAAAUUAAUUAGUACAUGCUGGAGAAUUAUGCCUCGUCCAAGCAAAAAUAGCAAUUUAGUUACUAUUACGUUUACAAUAUUUUUUUUUGUUUUCUCACAAUUUAAUUCAAUUUAGACAAGAUUAUAAAAAAAAACAAAGCGUGAACUCAAUGUAUUUUAUGCAUAAAUAAGCCAAAAACGCAGGAACCGUUAGGUAUGAGUAAAAUGAAUAGAAAAACAUGUGAGAAAAGCGAUCAGCGUUGCGCUGUUUCUUUACUGUUGGAAUUAAUAUAUCACAGCAAACAACGAUACAAUCCGAGAAUGGAAGAGACAGAGCGAUCGUGAAAGAGUGAGCAAAACAAAACAAAAAUAAACAAAGCUUCCGCCAAAACGAAAACAAAAAAAAAAUUACAAGUGAAAUGUACGAGUUUAUUAGCACUAAUUUUCCACUAAAGUAAGCUCUCCAACGUGAGUUAAAAAGAAACAAGAGGCCGGAUGAAUGAUGAGCGAUAUGGAAAAAAAUCUAUGGAUUAGUUACUUUCUCCAAUCCAUACUAAGUUAAAGUUAACCCGUCACCGUUUGUUUGAUUAUGAUGAUCAUCAGUGUUUGUAGUAAUAUUUGUGUUGAUGUUCUUUAGUACCAUAAGUAAUUGAUAAAAAUUUAUAUAAAUAUUCAGUUCUAUCUAUUCCUUCCUUUUCUUUUACUCUACUAUUUCCCCAUGAGUUUGAUUUCAUUUAUCUCGUCAAUAAAGAUUUAUAUUAUUCCUUUCUCUCUUUUGGUUGCACGAUUUGAAAUAGUUUGAUUUUUUUUCUCAGAGUUGUUGCUCAAUUCGAAUCGUACGGUAAACUGGUCUCGUUUCCGUUUGCUACUUUUCACGUUCCUUUAUUUUUCCGCUCAGAACAAGUACGAGAGAAAAAUCGAAUGUUUGAACAUAUCUCGCUCGCUGUGCAUACGAUUCCGUUUCGUUUCAAUAUUAUUUAAUUAGUUUACUGUUGUUGAAACAGCUGAAACCACAUAAGGCGAAUGCAACAGUAGAAAAAAAAUAAUCAGAAAAACUGUUUCAGUGAUAGUAUUAGAACUUAAACAGAUUAGGAACACAAACUCACUCAUACACUCACAUUCAUUGAUAUACAAAAGAAUACACACAGAAACACACAAAACAAAUACGCAUCUCUCACUAGAUGAGAUAUGAUAAACAAAAAAUGGUGCAAUGUUCUGAUAUAUAUGAAUCAAAUGUAAGCUAGUGCCACUUUCUAAAGUACCAUGGAAAUAUAAAUAAAGGAAUGUGAACGUCCACAUAUUAA